GAUUUUGGAUUGGGGGUGGGCGUGAUUUUAAAUGAGAUUCGGAGGUAUGAGGGAAUGUUUAGACUUCUUGUUUGGCUGAAGUGAGUAUUGACUAGGCAAGGAUGGCAUCAGACACAGCAUUUUGGCGUAUAACGGGGCGCUUAGGGAAUGCAGCAAUAAGGGCAGAGCCGGGGAGGUAAGAAGAGAAAAGGGAGCCGAAGCCAGGAGGCGGGAGCGUCUGUGCGCUCCUGGAAGCGGGGCCGAGGUCCGAGCACGCCCAGCGCGGUGGCGCCCCUUGCCCCAGGGUGUCAGCCCUUGACUGAGCGGCUGGGGAAGAAGAAGAAGCAAACGCCCCGCCGUCGCCGCCACGGCUGCUUUCCCGGCUGAGACGACAAUGGGGAGCGGCGGCGGGCGGCGGCGGGAAGCGGAGCCCAGUCAGAGGCACUGGCCGCGUGACGUCACCGCCCGGGCUAGCUAUAGGCUGCGAGCUGAGCUCCCCGAAGCGGCAGCGGCUCCGGCUCAGCCCGCUUCAUUCCGCGCUUUCCGCAGCCUGUGCGACCGCGGCAGUCGGGGGCUCCAGCUCUGCUGCGACCUCCCUCCGCUGUCCCUCCGACGGACCAGGUAAGGAAAGGAGGAGGUUGGCUCUUCAUUUCCUCUUAGAAAACGAGAACGAGAGGGAGUGAGUGUGAAGGUCUGCUGGAAAAGAAGGCAUUUCCCCGAUUAAGUGCAACAUUGCCACCAUCCUAGUUCAUCUGCAGCGCGAGGAGGGCGAUCCUCGCCUUUACAAAAAAGCCUCCUCAAUGAGUGCCAAGCUCUCCAAGGAGUUGAGGCUCUCCCUGCCGCCGUGUCUCUUGAAUAGGACAUCUGGCUCUUCAAAUGCCAGCAGCACCUGCAUCACGCAAAUGGGGCAGCUCUUCCAGUCUUUCUCUUCUACUUUUGUUUUAAUUGUUCUGGUCACCCUCAUUUUCUGCCUCAUUCUCCUCUCCCUCAUUACUUUCCAUAUCCACAAGAGGAAGAUGAAAAAGCGGAAAAUGCAAAAGGCUCAGGAGGAAUACGAACGGGACCACUGCAGCACCACCAGCACUGAGGCAGGCGAUCGUUGUGAAAUACCCCAAGGAAGAGGAUCUUCCAAGCUGGGAAGAACCACUCAGGAUUCUAGUAUCCAGUUUCCUUCUGCCCCGGAAAGUCAGAGCAACCAUCCUGAAAGAUCAUGUUUGGACACAGAUACUCCAGGGCUCUUGCAAACAGUGGUAUUGUCUUGAUUUUAUUUUAUUUUAUUUUUUGUGGGGACCUUGCCAAAAGACAAUGUUUGGUGUUUGUACAUAUUUGCGUGGUUAUUAUAAUCUUGAAGACGACAACAAAGAAAAUUAUUAUUAUUACUCUUAUUAAUAAUGAAAGAACAAGCCAGCCAACCAACCAACCAGAAUUCAAGCGCAUGACAAAUUGCAUUGCGUUUUUCAUUGACUUUUGCAAGGGGAAGGAUGCAUCUUUAUUUAUUUAUUUUUUCCUUUCAGAGAAGAUGAGAAAAAGCUGCACAGUACUACCAAAUAGUCACCUGCCCUAAAAGAAAUGGUGCGGGCAGUACAGUUGUGAUGUACAGAAAAGACCCAGAUUGUAUAGAAUUAACAUAUCUAUUUCCCUACCUUUCUUUGGAAGGGACUAUACUAGAGUGUAAUGGUAUUUAAAGGACUGUUUUUAGAUCAACUGCCAAGAAUGAAAGGGAGAGAGAAAGUGGGGUGGGAGGGGUAAGGAGGUGGAAAACAGAAAGGGAGACACUAAUUUCUAAACAUGCAUUUUGAAUUUUAUAUCUCUGAGACAAUGGCACUGAGGGAGGCUGGUCCCUUGACCAGUUUGCAUUGAACCAAGAAUGUGCUAUAAGUUUUGUUGUGUCAAUAUUGCCCCCCCCACUCUCCCUUUAAAGGGAUUAGCUUUUAUUCUCUUUUGAAAAAUCUGCCCCAGGUUAAGCGCAAGUAAGUAUUAAAAAACCCCAACAAAAACCUCCUGCCACCCAAUGCUGAUCCCUCUUUUUUAUUUCUCUCUCUGCAAUAUUACCUACCCUGUGCCCUGCAAAGCUGUGAAUGCCGAACAGUCUUCUAGCUAUGCUUCUAUAUCUAUAUCUAUGUCUGUGGGAGGGGUUGGGAUUGUUUCUCCACAGGAAUGUUUUGGGUUGUAUCUUUUUCUCUCUCUAGGCAUUUUCAAGUGUAACAGCCUUUUUCUUAUAUUAAAUCUGGAAUAAGAUACCUUU